GUGCGCUGGGCUCGGCCGCUUGUUUGGAUGCUGCCGUCACAUCAUGGCGACGCGCGGAGCGGAGGCAGCGCGGGGCGCGGGCGGCAGCGCGGCGGCGGGACGGGGCCGGCAGAGCCCGGGCGCCGCGCCGCGAGAGCCGGCGGCCACCCCGACGCCGGUGCCCAGCGGCAGCCCGGAGGUGGUUGGUGGUGCAAUGGAAGAAGCUGGAUCUCGGGAGAUGCAAAUUAAUAGCCAGGAUCAGCUGGUGAAUAGCAAGUGCAAUGAAUUGUCUGAAACAGCUUUGCAGCGUGCACAGUCCAACUGUUACAGCCUGGGAAACACAGGCACAUUGGAAGAAGCUGAGUGUAUCACAAGGAACAGAAAGCACCCCGGGGCCAUGUGCUGCUCUCAAGAGUCUCGUGAGGAGACUCCUGGGAGAGAAGAAGCCCGUACUGAUCCACCUGAUGGCCAACAAGAUCCAGAGAGUGAAAAACACAAGGAGAAAACUUUGGGAAAAGAAGUACUAUUAUUAAUGCAAGCCUUGAACACACUUUCUACUCCUGAGGAAAAGCUGGCAGCUUUGUGCAAGAAGUAUGCUGAUCUGUUGGAGGAGAGCCGCAAUGUUCAAAAGCAGAUGAAGAUACUGCAGAAGAAGCAAGCACAAGUUGUGAAGGAGAAGGUCCACUUGCAGAGUGAGCAUAGCAAGGCCAUUUUGGCACGUAGCAAACUGGAAUCUCUCUGUCGGGAGCUUCAGCGUCAUAACAAGACUUUGAAGGAAGAAAACAUGCAGCAAGCGCGUGAAGAAGAAGAAAGACGGAAAGAAGCAACUGCACACUUCCAGAUUACACUGAAUGAAAUUCAGGCUCAACUGGAACAGCAUGAUAUACAUAAUGCCAAGCUCCGUCAGGAAAAUAUUGAACUGGGGGAAAAACUGAAGAAACUCAUUGAGCAGUAUGCGUUGCGAGAAGAGCAUAUUGAUAAAGUGUUCAAACAUAAAGAACUGCAGCAGCAACUUGUGGAUGCCAAACUUCAGCAAACUACACAACUUAUUAAAGAAGCUGAGGAAAAACAUCAGCGAGAAAGGGAGUUUCUACUAAAAGAAGCUACUGAGUCCAGACACAAAUGUGAACAGAUGAAGCAACAGGAAGCUCAGCUGAAGCAGCAGCUUUCUCUUUACAUGGAUAAGUUUGAAGAAUUCCAGACCACCAUGGCAAAAAGUAAUGAACUCUUUACAACCUUCAGGCAAGAAAUGGAGAAGAUGACGAAGAAGAUUAAGAAACUGGAAAAGGAGACCAUAGUGUGGCGAACCAAAUGGGAAAACAACAACAAGGCUCUUCUGCAAAUGGCUGAAGAGAAAACAGUAAGAGAUAAAGAAUACAAGGGCUUUCAAAUAAAACUGGAGCGUUUGGAGAAGCUAUGCAGGGCCCUUCAGACAGAAAGGAACGAGCUGAAUGAGAAGGUGGAAGUCCUUAAGGAGCAGGUUUCUCUCAGAGAAGCAGAUGUGGAUCUAGCCGUGCAGGUGUUGCAGUCCUGCACACUCAAUUCCCAUGAGGAGCUGGCAACUCCCACUGACACAGAACCAGGAAUCCAACCCGAUGUGGAAUCAUGUGUGGCAAAUAGUUCCGAAAAGACUGUCUCAGCAAGUUGUGUUCCUGGCACUGAAUCUGUAGACUAAAAUGAAGUGUAAACACUGUAUUGAGAGCUAUAUUUUGUGUAUAACUUUCUCUGUUGGUGGUAACUAUUUGGUUUUGUGGUGAAAAUUUUCUUACUUUUUCUACCAUAUCUGUAUUUUCUUAGAACUACUGGACUUAUGUGGUACAGGAAGCUGCAUAGCAGCUUUAAAUAGCUUAAACUAUAAAUUUUCCACAACUGUGUUGCACAUCUGCCUCAUUUUUUAAAAGAAAAUAUUUUUCCAUAAAAGGAUGCAUGUGCAUUUCCUCCCCACAACACAAAUCACUGUAGUGGAAGACUGUGUACAGAUAUAACAUCGUUCCGGGGAAAAUAGUGACAGCAUGUCACUUCUUUGGUUUAAAGAACAGCAUUCUGGUUUUGUUGAUUGAUUUCCCACUCAGUAUAUACUAAAGAUUACCAGUUUUUCAAGUAAAUUUAUCUACCUAAGGAUGUCUAAUGGCCAGUAAAAAAUGUCAGCUUUCCCCUCUAGUAUGUUUUCAUGUAUAUGAAUGAAAAAGCAAAGGUCCAGAAUAUAGUAAAAGAUACAUUUAAGGGUUUUAUGUAUUUUGUGGUAUGAAAAAACAGCUUUGAAAUACAUUGAUUUGCAGCUGGUGAAACAGGGUGUACAACUUUUUGCAGACUUCUCAGGGUUGUGUUGUAAAGGUUAGUUUGGACUGUUUGCUUACCUGUGAACAAGUGAAAUAUAAGUGUGUAAGAAAAUACACAGCAAUGUUACCAAGUGGAAUUUUGCAGUUGUGUAGCCUAUUGCAUAGGUGUUGGUCACAUUCUUCCCUCUUGGCUGCAGAGUGUCCAUCACAUGGUUGUCCUAACUAGAGAUAUCCAUUAUUGUCAAUAUGAAUCUCUGGAUUACAUGAAGGGCUGGAAAAUAGACAUUUACUGCCGUAGGUGUGGAAGAAGCAAGUCUGUGGCAUAUAGGCUUUCUGAUAGCCUUGUAUGCAUUGUAUUUAAGUGUUAGUUAAGUGUAUAUGGGUUAUGAUGGAACAUAGAGAUUCACACACUUUCCCUGAAGUACAACAUGGAAUUUCUUGCACACUCGGCCUCAAAGCUGUACCAGUUGGCAUAGUGCCUUCCCAGUUAGGUUAUCUGGUAAAGAUGAUACUUCAAAUUCUGAUGUUAACGUACCACAAGCAAACCCCCCUAUGAAAAUCUUCAUAUAGAGUCUUUCCUUAGAAAUUUUGAUAGCCACCUUUUGAGUUUUCCUGAGAGAAACUAGGACCAAUAUUUUUGGCAAGACAAGCUGCCCUUAACUUUAGUUCCCAUAUAUUUACUUUAGAGUUUUGGUUGCUGUUGUUUUAAGAACUCUGAAUAUGUGUAGCCUUUUCUGGUACUUAAAGUUCUUUGCACUUACUUGGGAGGGACUUCUGAAUCAAGCACAUCUCUCAAAUGAGCUUCCCACCCGCAUUGCCCUUGACAGUUUAGUGGCUAAAUUAAUUACUUGAAUGUUCAGGCUGCACUGAGCUCCUGAUCCUUUUCCUGUAGUAAUGUAUGUUGAAAUAAUGUAGCUGUCUCUGAAAGAGAGUAAGGUUAUGUCAGGCCUAAUAAAUGUGUUUUAGCUCGUAUCACUGAGAGGAACUGUGCAAAACUGACAUUUCUUAAAUGGUGGAGCACAGGAGAAGCUGGCCAUCAUUCUCCUAGAUUUGUGGGGGUUUUUUUGUGUUUGUGGUCCAAGCACAAUGCAGGAAUGAAAAGAAGGUAGCAGUGAGCAGUCAGUCAGGUUAGACUCAGAGCUUUGAAAUGUUAAUCAUUUUAACCAUAUGGCAUAAAAAAUAUUGGAAAGAAGUAUUUCAGACUUGCUUUACAAAUUACUUGCUUUAUAGAAUCAAACAGUUUAAAAAAUAGUUGUUGCAAGAACUGGUUUUCAGCUAACACUAAGCCUGAAGUAAUUUUCCUGAGGAAAAGUGAAAAACUUUGUAUCUAAUGCAUCAAUACCGUUGGCAAGGUAGGACGUGCAGUUUUCUAUUUUUACAAUCUAUUGGACAUUUGUAUCUUUAACAAUUCUUUCUAUAGAGCUUGGUCUAUAUGGAGGCAAGAGUGAAUUUUUGGACCCUGCUAUGAGAAAUUUUUAAAGGGCUUUUAGAGAUGUGACUGAUGUAUAGAAUGGCAAUACAAAUAUAUUUGUUACUGACAGUAUCUAGAUGAAGCAGAAUGCCCCAGGUGAUAGGCUUUUAAGAUGGGGAUACUUUUUUUUUUUCUUUCCUACCCUUAACAUACUUAUUUCAUAUUGACUUACUUGGUAAAGGUGAGCUAUACUUGGCUUCCUGAAAUGAGUCAAUAGUUUCAUGCAUUGCUUCAAGUGUUAAAAAAUAAUAAUAAUUAGAAAAUUUAUAUGAGGGAUAAGCUCAGCACUCUUAACUGAUCUGCCAUACAGCAGGCUCUUGCACUGCCAGUCUGCAGCCAAAUUGGCUCCAGUAGGGUUUUUAAGUAAAUUUGUGUUAAUGCCUUUCUCCCACUAUUUUCCCACUACCAUAAACUGUUUAACCUGGGCUGUAAACUAAUGUAGCCUGAAAUAAGUAUGUCUAAUUAUGAAAACUCUGGGGGCCCGAUUGACAGUUUCACCAUGACCAAGCUGCAGAAAGUUAAAUGGUGUGUGAUGCAAGACCCAAAUAUGUGUACAUACACAAGUAAGUUAGGACUGUAUCUCUAAUGUUUUGUCCUUCCUUUCAUUACACCUGGUUACGUUACAGUUCAAUUCUCAGGUGUUGCAGAAAAUCUACCUCUUUGGACUGUAGAUGGAAAUAACUGUGAAAAAAAGUGAUGCAGAAAUCUAGUUUGUGCUAAACACACUGCUUUAUUUUUACAACCCAUGUCUGCUUUCAUGAGGAAAAAUGAUAAAUGAACAGGCAGUCUUUGUUUUGCUUUUCAAAAACAUUUUGUAGAGAUUUUUCACUAAUGUGAAUCUGAAAUUUUAUCUACUCGAUUCUGUAUAGAUUAAGUAAAUAAGUAUGCUUAAUAUAUUGGACUCUGAGUUUUUCUUUAACAUAUUCAUGUCUUCUAACUGGAUCUGCUGAACUCAUUGUAUUUGUUUGAAAACUCAAGAAUGAAAAUUAAAAAGAUGUGAAGUUGCAGUUCAAGUGUAUUGUUCCAAGUGAAAUCCCGUAAGAAAAGUGCUGUUACAGGUCACGUUGCUGACUUGCCUGGCCCUGGUGGUAGCCAGGACAAGAAUAUGGCAGUAGGUGAAGUGCUGUUCUGCUUGCCAGGCUGGCUUGGCUUCGGUUUGGGGGUGUCACAAGGUGGAGGGCUGGUCAGAGCACAGUGAGCAGGAGCUCUGGCUGAACCUGUGGCUGCCUGCUCUGAAUUCUGCUUAUGCCUUCGGGCUCCAGAAGGCUGUUACCAGGGUUCAGUUAGGUGCAGUUUGGCUUCUGUUAAAAAUUAGGUUGUUAAGUGCUUCAAGUGCUCUCUAUGCUGUCCUAUGAAUAUGAGGUUGGUUGUUAAUGUACAACUCUCUCCCACUUUCCUAAUAAUGGUAAGUGUUCUGUUUGCCUUUUUCAGCAUAUUCCCUAAUAUUUGGCAACUUCUCUAAGUUUAUGAGAACUGGGUUUGAGUUCAGUUUUCCUUUGUGUAUACUUUAUCUAGGCAGCACAUGGAAUUUUGUACAGCAAUAUACUAUGAUGUGUUCUGUGACUCUUAGAAGACCAUAGUAAUUCACUUUUUUGAAGAUACCCAUUUUAUAAAAUCUGAGCAAUGUAAGUCCUGCCCCUAUGCCUUUUAUAAAGCUGUGCCAAGUAUUUGGGAAUCCAAGUAUGUUGCCUGGUUCCAGUCACUGUCCUUGCUGUAGUUGUUUGCUCCUUCAAAGUAGUCCCUCACCUCCGAGCCUUGACUCCACAAAAGGUGCUGCUGCUGUCCCUGUAUAAGCAUCUCUGCUUUUUCUGUCCUUUCUUAUGGUUCAUAACUGAUACAGAAGUCAAACCUACAGUUCCAUGGAUCUUGCCAGUCUUCCUAAAUUCCUUAUAGAAGCUGGUCAGAUUUGCAAGCUUUUGCUAGAGAAAAAUUUGGUCACACAUCACAGUUAAUAGCUGAGGAAUUUUGGUGGUUUUUUUGUUUGGUUUGUUGUUUUUUUUUUGCUAGGUGCCAAGUCUGUUCUAUUAAUGUACCUGCACAGUCUGGCAUGUACACACACAUUUGAGGCCGUACUUAAGUCUUCUGAAGAGUAUCUCUGAUGUGAGAACCUCUUUCACCAGCUGCAUUGUGAACCCUUCAGUUGCUGCUAGGGCUUCUUUUCCCUGGCAGACAGGUUAGGGUGUUUGAUGUACUUGAAAGAGAUACUUGCUUUUAGGCCUUAAUAUUAAAGUUACUCCUCACAGGUACUUUUCUUGUUCCUUUUUGAAUUUAACUUCCUAUUAUCCACCUUUUUCCUCUCGGUUAGACAUGCCAUCGUGAAAGAAGGAUGUGUUUUCUUCUAACAGCCUAACUCUGUCUCAUCUAACUAUGUUGAUGGGCACACACCUAACCUGCACUUUUUGUAAUUUAAGACUUUGUGCUGCCUGCAAAGACUUUAAUUUCCUUCUAGCCUGUUGGAUAUCUUCUGGGUUUGAGGUUGAAUGUUAAUUUGGAUUUCUAGCUCAGACAAGGAUCUGGGGUGUGCCCCUUCUGGACCACAACAGCUGAGUCUUGAAGCAGGCCUCGCGCACCAUUCAAGACCACGCCAAGAAUCCUGCUCCUAAUGCUCUACUUCAAGAACGUAAUCCCAGCAGCCAAAAAUGUAAAUACCCUGUUACAUCUUGUGAUAUUUGCUGAAGCUGAGGAAAUGAAUUCAAGUCUCUCUCAAUUUUUAACCUUACUUUAACUACAACCGUGCAAUAGAUACUCCAUACUGAUGUAGUUCACUAUUACUUCCACUGCAUUUAUGUCCUGGUGUUACGAGUCAAAAUAACUACCUCAGUUAUGCCAAGUCUAAGAUGUGUUACUGGUGUUUAAUCCAUGUAAUUGUUUGGUUGUUUGGUUUUCUGUUGGUGUUUUUGUUGGGUUUUUUUCUCAUCCCCAGUAUUCAUGUUAAACUUUGUCAUGUUGCCCAUUCAUCAAAACUUCUGCUGGCUUUGACCACACUGCUGCUGCUUCCUGUCAGAAGGUCACUCACUGACUCUGCUCCUAAACCUUUGUGCAGUUUAAAGCAGAGAAGAAUUCCCUUUUAAAGAGGAAGAGUAGUUACACAACUCUCAAACACCAGGUUAUCAGUUGUUACGCAUGUUUGGCCAUGCACAGUGUGCAAACCCAUGCAUGUUUGGGUUUGCAGGUUAUUUGAAGUGCCAACUCACAGGACAGGAUGAAUCUGAAAGAAUCAAAAGAACCUACCAUAUUGGAUCUUCUAGUGGCUGGAAAGCAAAAGGACAAACCAGGUGUUGACUAAGUGCUUCUCUGUGGAGAGUUUACGCAGCUUGCAGGUGCACUUUGUGCUGCUGUUUCAGUGCUGAAGUGAAAAGGUACAGAGUGCACACCAACAAUAAGGAAGUGUAGUAUGGAUGAGGGAAUAAACCAUAUGGCUAUAUAUAGAAAAUUGUCUGGUAUCAGUUGGUGGACACUCGCAUGCUGCGAUAAAGGCAAACUCAGUUCUUCAUACACAGUUAAGGAAAACCCUGAAACUGCUGUCUCCCUAAAGCAAAACGUGGGAAUGCUACACCCCUCCUCAGCAUUGAUGUUGUAUCAGUAUCAUCUUCCAAAAUAUUUUAGUAUUGGUUACUCUUAAACUUGCAGCUCCUCAGAGUCACUUUUUUCAAGUCCACAUUCACAGGAGAUGGUGAUGCAAACCAUCCGUUUCUGAGGGAAGAAAAGAGUGGGAAUGAAAACUUGUGAUGUGCAGCAGUAUUGUGUGUUGGCCUUACUAGUAACGAUCUGCCACUCUACCAGGAUGCUGGCAGUGUGCAAGGGUGCUGCUCUCCAGCUACUGACCUCUCUUCUGAAGCACUUCAACCACUCUGAGGAGAUAGCAUGGCUGAAGUUUUUAUCAUUCAACUCCUGGAAACACAGGUCUCAUAGUUCAUAACAUCUGCUGUCACUCAUGCUUUAUUUCAGUACAAAGGGGAAAGAAUUUAGGUUUUGUUGGUGCUGAAAAAGUUUAGAAAGAGGUACCCUUUAUGCUGAAACUAAAUGUAUAAAAUGUGUAGGUGUUGAUAACAAAUGAGGAAGUCACCCUGAAUUGGAUGUUUUUCACUUUAAAUUACCUUCUGUAAUUUUUGUUAUGGCUGCACUUCUGGAAAUACUGCAGUUCCCUUUAAAAGAAAGGAUGGGAAGUGUCCUGUUUUUUUCUCUCCCAGCAUGUACCAGGAGUAACUUACUGCCCUGAGUAUGCUCCAUAAGUACUGUGUAAGUACACCUAAAGUAAUUGUUGUUUAAAUGCCAUAAAUAAAUAUUUUCUGUAGCCGUUGUUCA